GUGUGUUCCCACCGUAUUACGAGUUAAGACGAAAAUUGUUCGUAAAAGUACUUACUUAUUAUAUUUUACCGCGAUUUUACCGCUUGACACCAAGCUAGUGUUGUGCCAAAACAAUCAUGAUAAUCCUUUUGGUAUGGGUGGCGGUGCUGAUCGCAGCUGUGGUGUUGUACUUCAGGCAGCUGUACUCCUCAUUGAGUCGACAUGGCGUGAAGCAUUUCAAGCCAGUACCUAUCUUUGGCAACAUGGCCGGAAUUUUGUUACGGAUCGACCAUGUUUGUGAUAGUAUUAUGAAGCUGUACAACGAUUUUCCUGAAGAGAGGUUCGUCGGUAGAUACGAGUUCGUAAAUGAGCUGAUCGUGAUUCGUGACAUUGAUCUCAUCAAGAAGAUUGCCGUCAAAGACUUCGAGUACUUCCUCGACCAUCGCUCCAUAUUCAGCUCCAGCGAAUCCUACUUCUCCAGGAACCUGUUUUCUUUGAAAGGCCAAGAAUGGAAGGACAUGCGCUCUACAUUGAGUCCAGCCUUCACCAGCUCGAAGAUGCGUCUGAUGGUACCAUUCAUGGUGGAAGUUGGAGAUCAGAUGAUGCAAUCACUCCAUCAAAGUAUAAAACAGUCUAAAGAUGGCUCCAUAGACAUAGACUGCAAGGACCUGACAACUCGCUAUGCUAACGACGUGAUUGCGUCCUGUGCCUUCGGCCUGAAGGUGGACUCUCACAAUGACAAGGACAACUCCUUCUAUGCGUUGGGCAAGGAGACCUCUUCAUUCAAUUUCCGACAAAUGAUGACCUUCUUCUUGUUGAUCAACGCUCCAGCUUUGGCUAAGUUUUUAAAGUUGGAUUUCCUAUCCGAUUCAUCAAAGGAAGCAUUUAAAAAGCUAGUGCUUGGUACAAUGGAGAACCGAGAAGUAAAGAAGAUCAUCAGACCCGACAUGAUCCAUUUGUUAAUGGAAGCUAAGAAAGGCAAAUUAACUCAUGAAGAAAUCAAAUCCAAUGAUUUAGCAGCCGGAUUUGCUACUGUUGAAGAAUCAGCUGUAGGACAAAAAGAAAUUAAUAGAGUAUGGACUGAUGAAGACCUCGUGGCUCAAGCAGUUCUAUUCUUCAUAGCUGGUUUUGAGACCGUCUCAUCGGGAAUGUCAUUUCUUCUCUACGAGCUUGCUAUGAACCCCGAUGUUCAGGACCGCUUGGCACAAGAGAUCAAAGAUAAUGAUGCUAAGAAUGGAGGCAAAUUCGACUUCAAUUCCAUCCAGAACAUGGUGUAUAUGGAUAUGGUUGUGUCAGAGCUUCUCCGUCUUUGGCCUCCAGGCGUUGCCCUUGACAGACUAUGCAAUAAGGACUACAAUUUGGGCAAACCUAACCCGAAAUCAGAGAAAGAUUACAUUUUGCGCAAAGGCACCGGCGUCUGGAUCCCAGUUUAUCCAAUCCACCGUGACCCUAAUUUCUUCCCUAACCCCGACAAGUUCGACCCAGAGCGCUUCUCAGAAGAAAACAAGCAUACUAUCAAUCCCACCACGUAUAUGCCGUUCGGCGUCGGACCAAGGAACUGCAUUGGUUCAAGAUUUGCGCUUUGUGAGAUGAAGGUGAUGGCGUACCAGAUCCUACGAGAGAUGGAAGUGUCUCCUUGUGAGAAGACCUGCAUACCGGCCAAGCUCUGCAAGAACACUUUCAACCUAAGGCUCGAAGGAGGACAUUGGUUAAAAUUCAAACAGAGAACUUAAAAGAAAAAUAAUAUAAUUUGAAAAACGUUAUUUAUAAGCGAAUACCCACUGUUUGAUUGCUCCAUAAAUAUUUUUAGGGAACUCUCUCUCUCAGAGAAAA